CAUCCAUGCAUCGAAGAUACGGGCAAAGCGCAAGAUGACAGACAUGCUCGUCGCAGACGACCAGCCGCGCACCGGAGAGAGUUAAGAAGGACAAGGCACAAGCAGUCACUUGCGACGGCACCCGCGCGGUCUCUGUGAGCGCAUGUCCGCCGUCGCAGCAGCAGCAGCGUCGCAGAACAAGCGACAACAGAUCCGAGAAGCGCGCGCAUCGCCAGCCGCGAGACCAAGCUGCGCCACGAGAACUGCUGUACAAUCCGAGCUCCCCCGUGGCAUGUGGACACCCGGAAUGAGGUCUAAGGGGGGGGCGCGUUCUCCCCGCGAUGCAGGCCCAAUCGUCCCUGAAUCGAGCCGCCAAUGAAGAUGCCUGGGGUGCAAGCCACGAGCCGACACGGACCUUGUUGCGGCAGCGGUGCCCCGCCAGAGCCCGCGCGGAUCCACGCAGAUGACGAUGACUACGUCGGCAGCUCCCCAACUGCUGCUAAUAACUCGACGGCUGCGCGAUCCUGUUUCCUGGCUUGGCCGCGUGCCCGCCCACUCCAGCGUCGAAUCAACCCCCGCGCGGCUGACCUUCUUCUCUCCCUUGCGUCACUUUCGUCUUGUCGACCUGAUCCCGCUUUUACCCCAGCUUUAAUCUCGUCUUCUGGCUCUUGUCGUCCAUCCCCUGCCGUGAGCGCGCCGACGUCAGUCCGAGUCGCGAGACUCUCACUACAAACACCCUCCGCCCGCCAUCUCCUCUGCCGCGUUCUCGGUCCCUGCGAUCUCCUUCCCGUCUCUGCGCCUCCUCAUACCUCGUCCGCCCCGAACACCAUGUCAGAAAUCACCGCUGCCUCCCUCCCCGGGCUCCUCGAGCAUGACAACCGCGUCAAGCUCGCCGGCCUCGACGUGGACGGCAUCUUGCGCGGCAAGAUUGUCUCCAAGAGGAAGUUCCUAUCCAUCGCCGAGGCUGGCUUCGGCUUCUGUUCCGUCAUUUUCGGCUGGGACAUGCACGACCAGACGUACCUGCGCGAGCUCAAGGUCUCCAACGCCGAAAACGGCUACCGCGACAUGCUCGCCAUCCCCGACCUGUCUAGCUACCGCCGCAUUCCCUGGGAGAACAAUGUGCCCUUCUUCCUCGUCAGCUUCUUCGACCCCGAGACCCGCGACCCCAUCGCGGCCUGUCCCCGGGGACUGCUGCGCAGUCAGGUCAAGAAGCUCGAGGCGCUUGGCUAUGGCGCCAUGGCUGGAGCCGAGUACGAGUUUUACACAUUCAAGACGCCUUCAUCCGACGAGGCGUCCCCAGCCGCAUUCCUGCAAAGGAAUCCACCGAGUCAGCUUCCCUCGCUGACCGAGGGAAUGUUUGGCUACUCGCUCACCCGCCCCGUACACAACAAGGACUGGUACUAUGACGUCUACGACACGUGCGCCAACUUUUCGUGUGACAUCGAGGGCUGGCACACCGAAUCAGGGCCCGGCGUGUACGAGGCCGCCCUCGAAUUUGGUGAGGUGGCGCAAAUGGCCGACCGCGCCAGCCUCUUCAAGUACGUGGUCAAGAGUGUCGGCGCGAACCAUGGCAUCACGCCGUGCUUCAUGGCCAAGCCCAAGCAGGGCCUCCCCGGCAACAGCGGCCACAUGCACAUCUCGCUCGUGGACAAGAGCGGCAAAAACCUGCUCGCGCGGGAGACCAUGGACGAGAGCGCCGAGUGGAAGGACAUUGCGGGCCUGUCCGACAUGGGCCGGCACUUCCUGGCCGGGCUACUCGAGGGCCUGCCCGACAUCAUGCCCAUCCUGGCGCCGACCAUCAACUCGUACAAGCGGCUCGUGGAGAACUUUUGGGCGCCGGUGACGGUGUCGUGGGGCUUCGAGCACCGCGCGGCGUCGAUCCGCAUCAUCUCGCCGCCGACGUCCAAGGCGGGUGCCACGCGGUUCGAGGUGCGCGUCCCCGGCGCCGACACGAACCCGCACUUUGUGCUGGCGGCCAUCCUGGGCUGCGGGUGGCGCGGCGUGGAGCGCAAGCUGGCCAUCCCGUGCCCACCCCUCGCCAUGGGCCAGGGCGUGGGCGGCAAGGAGGACAUGGGCGAGCGGCUGGCCAAGAGCCUGCGCGAGGCGACGGACCGCUUCAAGCACGAGGGCAGCAUCGCGCGCGAGGUGUUUGGCGACGACUUUGUCGACCACUUUGGCGGCACGCGGGAGAACGAGGUGCGCCUGUGGGACGAGGCUGUCACGGACUGGGAAAUGAAGCGAUACAUAGAGACGGUGUAGAAGGGAGGCGAGGAAGCAUCGUUAGAGAAGAGCAAGGAUACCCGCUUUCUGUUUGGCCUUCUCACCCUGCGCAACGCAGCGCAGCGCUUGCUCGUU